UAGCCAAUUAACCUCCUUGUCUUGACAUUUAUACCUUUAUUUUGAUAUGACUUGUGGUGAAAAAAUUAAUAACGAAAAUAAUGAUUUCAGUAAUUCUAAAUCUUCCAGACGAGUAUUAUUUCGCACAGGCAGUAUGAUGAAUAACCUUAUGAAAUGUGACAAUAUAGAUGCACCCAAAGAAAGUCCACCAAAUUUUUUCAAAAAAGAUGUCACAGAAUCCUUAUUCUCCUUUUUGAGAUAUGAAUUGACAAUGGACUACCAACUAGAACAUGAUGAAGAAAGAUAUUCAGCUAAAAGAGAAAAAGUUUAUUCCUUCAUGAAAAUUCCAAUGGAAAUAGAACGUUUCAUGCUUUAUGGAUUUAUGCAAUGUAUAGAUUCAUUUUUAUUUAUAUGUGCAUUUCUUCCUAUACGAGUAGCUGCAGCUAUGUGGACACUUAUGACAAAACCUUUCCGUAAAUGUUUUGGUCUUAAAAGUAGGGGAAAACUAACCCCUGCUGAAAUCUGUGAUAUACUGAGAGCUAUUAUUUUGAUUUUCUGUAGUAUGGUUAUUUGCUUAAUUGAUCCCAAUGUUUUAUAUCAUUUAAUCAAAAGUCAAUCAACAAUCAAGUUAUAUCUUUUUUAUAAUAUGUUGGAAGUUGGAGAUCGAUUAUUCUCAUCAAUAGGUCAAGAUGCAAUAGAUGCUUUAUUCUGGACAGCAACAGAACCCAAACAAAGAAAGAGGGAACACUUAGGAAUCAUUGCUCAUCUGUUUUUUGCAAUGGUUUAUGUUAUUUUACAUAGUAUUCUGGUUCUGCUUCAAGCAACAACACUAAACGUUGCUAUUAAUUCCAGUAAUAAAGUUUUGUUAACAAUUAUGAUGUCCAACAAUUUCGUUGAAUUGAAAGGUAGUGUUUUCAAAAAAUUCGAUAAGAAUAACCUAUUCCAAUUGUCCUGCAGCGAUGUCAGAGAAAGGUUUCACUUGUGUUUCCUCCUUUUCAUUGUAGUGAUGCAAACAAUGAAAGAAUAUUCUUGGAAGACGGAACAUUUUUGGCUAUUGCUUCCAGAUUGUGUGGUAGUAUUAGUAGUAGAGUUUUUUGUUGACUGGUUAAAGCAUGCUUUCAUCACAAAGUUCAAUGACUUGAGCUUAGAUAUUUAUAGAGACUAUACAACAAGCUUGGCAUAUGAUUUAGCACAAACAAGGCAAAAUCAUGCUUUCACAGAUUGCUGUGAUUUAGUGGCUAGAAGAAUGGGAUUCAUACCCUUGCCAUUAGGCGUUGUUUUGAUUAGAAUUUUGAUAGCAACAACGACAAUUGAUAAUUGGUCCAAUGUUUUCGUAUGCUCUCUCAUUUAUUUCAUAAUUGUUCAGUGGAAAAUACUGGCUAGCAUCUUGGUGAUGGGAAGAGCCUGUGAUCUGAUAACACAGCAUAAACAUGACAAAGCUUUGCUGAUGUCUCCAAUUAAUAUCAAAUUAUUAGCAAACAAAGACUUGGUUAAAGUCACAGCCAAAGAAGUUGCAUCUAGUCCACUUCAUGUUUCACUCCAGAAAGAUAACAUAUUGAACAUUACUGGUUCUGAAAAUCUGAUAGAUGAACAGCUCAUGCCAAAUGAUUUAGGCUCUGCAGCGAUUUUCGCAAACAGCACAGUUGAUUUAAGGAAUGCAAAAUUAAAUGAAGAAGUGUUGAAAGCAGAUUCUGAAGGUAUAGAAGUAGAGGCAAAUGAAGGUGAAAUUAUUACGAGGAGUUUUCCUAAUAUUACAGCAGAUUUCGAAGAGGAUGUUGGAAAUGGUUUGAAAAGAGCAGAAUCUGAACCAGCUCUCAAUACUUGUAACAAUGAAGAUGAUGAAAAAGAAACCCACAAAAAUGAAAUAAAGAUACAAAAUAAAAAUUCAACUUAGGA